AUGGCUGUUGAAGAGCACACUGUUCCGAUAGAACAUGAAUGGGAUACGGAAAUGUGGGACUGGCCGCUGCAGAACGACAGCGUGGUCAGGGUGAUUAACACGGCCGAAAAAUUCGAGGUCUCGUUGGACGUUCCGUUCUUCACGCCCAAGGAGAUCGAGGUGAAAGUGUUGGGCUCCGACCUGGUAAUUCACUGUGCUCAUGAUCGACGCUCCGACGACUUCGGCUCCAUUGUACGUGAGGUCCACCGCUGUUAUAAACUGCCGCCCGACAUCGAUCCCCUGACAAUAAAGUCACACUUGAAUCCGAAGGGCAUUCUCAGCAUCGUCGCAUCGAAGAAGAAGUGA